AUGCGGAUGCACAUAAAGCCUGAGCCAGUGCCGAAUUCGCGGCUCUUGAAGGGCCCAAUGGGCUGCCCUGCAGCAGCAGCAGCAGCAGCAGGUGAGGGGCAGAAGUGGGCAGAGAGCAGGGCGCAAAGAGACACAGGCAGCAGCAGAGACAGAUACAGACACAGCAGCAGCAAAAGAGAUAGCGGCAGCAUUGCUGGCAGCACCAGCGACAUCAGCAGCAGCCAUAUCACUAUCAGCAGCAGCAGCAGCAGCAGCAGCACAACCGCCACCACCAUCACAAUCAUCACCAUAAUACCCACCAUCAUUAUAAUCACCACAAUCACCACAAUCACCAUAACUACCAUCACCGUAACCAGCAUCAUCACCCGCAGCAGCAGCAGCAGCAACGGGAGCCACAGCAGCAGCAGCAGCAGCAGAUCCACCACCACCAUCCCCACAACAACCCACCCUGCUCAUCACCAUAAUCCCCACCACCACCAUACCCACCAAAAUCAUUAUAACAACCAUCCCCAUCACCAACAUCAGCAGCAGCAGCAGCAGCAGCGGGAGCCGCAGCAGCAGCAGCAGCAGCAGCAGCAGCAGACCGUGGUUCCAGUAUCCGACGAUGGACUCGCCGUGGUAGGCGUCGGACUGCCAGCGGCCAAAGCCGUGGGGGAGGCCCUCGGGGUCUACUUGGCCCACAUAGAAGGCCACAGUGAAGGGCCCCAAGCUGCUGCUGCUGCUGCUGCUGCGGCGGCGCCGCAGCCGCAGC